CACAGAGGCUGCAGCCCCCAGCCUCCUCUCUGUUGCUGCUACAGUACGUGUGAAAGGCAGAGAGGGAGAGGCAGCUGAGCUGGUGUUUGUCUCUGAUACUCGGUGAGAUGAGCACUGUGAGCUGUGAGCAGUGCAGAGCAGUGAAGAGACAUUCAGUGCUCUGGUAUGUGCCCAGUGUGAGUGACUUAGUCCAGUCCCUGCGCAUCUCUGCUGCUGUCUGAGCAGCCUUGCACAACAGGACUCUGACAACCAUCCUCCCAAACAGGAAUACCUGUGUCCACUGAAGCGGUUUGUGUAGAGGAGCAUGUUGUGACAGCCAUGUCUCUGGAGAUGGAAAAGACCAUCACCAAGCUGAUGUACGACUUUCAGAGGAAUUCCACCUCUGAUGAUGACUCUGGAUGUGCACUGGAGGAAUACGCCUGGGUUCCCCCCGGCCUCAGUCCUGAGCAGGUGCAUCAGUAUUAUAACUCCUUACCAGAAGAGAAGGUCCCCUAUAUAAACAGCCCUGGAGAGAAAUGUCGUAUCAAACAACUGCUUCACCAGUUGCCACCACAUGACAAUGAGAUGCGUUAUUGUAACUCGUUGGACGAGGAGGAGAAGCGAGAGCUUAAGCUCUUUAGCAACCAACGGAAGAAGGACAGCUUGGGCAGAGGCAACGUCCGUCCUUUCCCCCUCACCAUCAAUGGGGCGAUCUGUGAAAAGUGUGGUGGCCAAAUAAAUGGAGGGGACAUUGUGGUUUUUGCUGCAAGGGCAGGUCAUGGAAAAUGCUGGCACCCGAAUUGCUUCGUCUGCAGCAUGUGUGAGGAACUGUUGGUGGAUCUCAUCUACUUCUACCAUGAUGGCAAGAUCUUCUGUGGCCGGCAUCAUGCCGAGAGGCUGAAACCCCGCUGCUGUGCCUGUGAUGAGAUAAUCUUUGCUGAUGAGUGCACUGAAGCAGAGGGCAGGCACUGGCACAUGAAGCACUUCUGUUGCUAUGAGUGUGAGACCACCCUCGGCGGCCAGCGCUACAUCAUGAAGGACGGUCGGCCACACUGCUGCAACUGCUUCGAGUCCCUGUAUGCAGAGUACUGUGACGCAUGUGGAGAACACAUAGGCAUUGACCAAGGCCAGAUGACAUAUGAUGGGCAGCACUGGCACGCAACCGAGGAGUGUUUUUGCUGUGCCCGUUGCAAGCGCUCUCUGCUGGGCCGCCCCUUCUUGCCAAAGCAGGGGCAGAUCUUCUGCUCACGGUCCUGCAGCGCUGGACAGGAUCCAGAUGAGUCUGACUCCUCAGACUCGGCAUUCCAAAGUGCUCGUUCCCGUGAAUCCCGCCACAGCACCAAGAUUGGCAAAAAGGAGCGCAGGAACGCUGAGCAGGAGCGGCGGAGUGCCGAGGCCCGCCAGACAGCUCCUCCACCCAUGCCUGACCGUCUGUCUGCUGAAAUUGAUCCUCUCUCUGUCCAGAUGGACCGGUUAAGCCUCUCAUCUAGCCAGACCCCUAGCAGGACACCAAACCGCACUCCGAGCCGCACUCCGAGCCGUGCCCCGAGCCUUAACCAGGUGUGGAUGAGCCGGGAUGACCCCUACGUCCCUGCUGUCUAUGAGGGCCCCCAGGGUGAACCCUCCCCCACACCAGCACCUAUACAUCUGCUAGGUCAGUGUAACCCCAGGCAGGGCUACAAUCCCAACGCAAACGCUCACCCUCCAGCUCAGACUGCUGCCAACCCAGGGAAGAGGCCUGACUCCUGGGGGAAGGAACAAGGCAAUACCAAGAGGACCCCUAUGGCUGCUCUGAGGGGCCACUCCUUUAAUGAAAACUGGACCCACCAAAGCCAGGAUGAGUUCAGGCCCAACAAGCUACGCACCCAGAUGAGUUUCAAUGAGAUGUCUAGCCAGAACCAGGGAUUCUCUGACAAGAGGAGCAUUAGCCUGCAUGGAUUCCAGAGAGACGGCAGGCCCCCGCUGACCAGGAGGAAUCCCAUCAAUGCUAUGAGCUUCAAUGAGCCCCUCACUCCUCUAGAACAGACUCCUCGUGGAUCCAUGGAUUCCCUCACUAUGUCCAAUGCUACAGGUAACUCUUUGGACGGCGUCAGUAAGCGUCAGGAGCAUUUGUCUAGGUUCUCCAUGCCCGACCUGAGUAAAGACUCAGGUGUGAAUGUGUCUGAAAAGAGCAACAUGGGCACCCUCAGCUCAUCAGUCCAGUUCCACAGCACAGAGUCGCUGUCCUCCUCUCGCCCCUACACCAAUAACAUGUAUGCUCCACUGAGAGUCGGCUACCCGCUGCAGUACUGGGAUGGCCCGCAGCCGCAGGGCUUUGACGGCAAAGGUCGUGUCGGGGUGAUGGGCAGCAGUGGAAACCUGCGGAUGGCUCCAAUGAGCGACAGAAUGCCCCGCCGACGCAUAAACGGACAGGAACCGGUGUCGCAGCAACAGCAGCCACAACCAAGGCGCCGCAAACACCACCGUGGAAAUCACAGUAACAGUCAACACCGCAGUGGCCGCCACCACAAACGCUCUCGCCGCUCCCGCUCUGACAAUGCCCUGCACCUGGUGGCAGACCGGCCCGCUCAAAUGGUAGAGCUGCCCUACCGUCGCGUCCAGGAGGAUUACGAUCGCUUCCCCUCCGGUAAUGCUGCUCGGGAGUUGUUUGGUCUUGAGCCAGGUGGGUACAGACAGCAGCCCCAACGGCCCUGCCCCCGUACCACUUCUGAUCUCACCCUGCAGAAUGCUGGCUGGCAACCUGUUGGGCUGGGUGGGCCAUGCUGGGGCGAUGGGUACAUGGAGGCUGCUGACCCCUGGUGCUCCAGCUGCUCCUCUUCUUCCGAGUCUGAGGGAGAUGAGGGUUAUUUCCUGGGUGAACCAAUCCCUCGACCCGUGCAGCUUUGCUACAUCAACAACGAAGAGCUGCGCCAUCGCUACAGCCCCUCUGGGAUAGCUGCCCAUCACGGACCUCUGCACGGACCUCUGCACGGACCGAUUCAUGGCCAGCUGCACACCCGCCAAAGGAGGAAGAGCAAAAACUGUAUACUUUCAUAGAUAUAGAGAAAAGAUAUGGUAAGGGAUGAACAGGAGAGUGAAAGAGAUGAGAGGGAGAGAGGUAAGGAGACCAUUAAAGCAACAGAGAGGUGGAACAGAGGGAGUGGGAAGGUGAGAGUGAGACAGUUGACAGUGUGUGUGUGUGUAUGUGUGUGUGUGUGUGUGUGUGUGUGUGUGUGUGUGUGUGUGUGUGUGUGUGUGUGUGUGUGUGUGUGUGUGUGUGUGUGUGUGUGUGUUGGAUUUGAAGAAAGAAAAGGCCUAUUUUGUGUGCUUGUAAGCUUACACAACUCUACACUGGGUAGUGUUUGUGUACACCUACACAAAAUGAUCUAAUCAUAAGAGGAAGCUCAGCUGGCUUACACAACAGUAAUGUUUACAAUGAUAGAGAUCAACUCAUCUGAUGGUACCAGGAAGCACGAUGAUAAAUUUGACAACUAAGUAUGUCAAGGUAAAUACCAUGAUGUAUGUGUGUGUAUGUGUGUGAAUCCAUGUUACAAAGAGAUUGAACCAUUCCUUUACAGUUUCAAAAAGGAAGGUAAAACUGGUCGAACUGCAGCAAUCUGACUGUUCAUGUCGCAGCUCAGUGAUUCAAGCUCUGGGCUGUAAAACUUAUUCUAUGUGGACAAACCAGAAAUUGUGUUGGGAUAGUGAAAGUUACGUGCUAGAUUCCAAGCUAUGUCAUUGUUUACCUCAGUGGAAUUCAAAUGCUGCUGGAAUAUAGUGUUGGCUUGCUAGCCCUGUUAUCACUUGUACAAAUAGUCUGUUGAACUUUGUGCUCUACAUAGCCAGCUCUCCAUGCUUUACCAAGGACAGAGCGCUGGACAGCCUCUGCUCCUUGAACCAUUCAGGCACAGUAACGUCAGGUAUGGUCCCGUUUUCUCUUCUGCAACAUGCUUGUUUUUUGAGUUACCCUUAGAUGAUUAAGAAUGAUAAAAAAUAAUAAUGCUUACAAUAAUAAUAAUAAUAAUAAUGAAAAUAAUAAUUAUGAGAAUAUUAAAGAAUAAUACCUGUUAAAUGUAUAUAUAGUAAUAAACUUAAUAAACUAAUGGAUGUAGUAAUGUAAAUGUUCUGUACAUAUGGUCUUAAAUAUUUAUAUAUUUUGUAACUAAAGAAUCAUUAUUUGUAUAACAUGAUGUAGAGAUAGGGAGACUUGCAUGUUGAUUUGUUGUUGUUGUCUCAUACUGAAAAUAAAGUGUACUUUAAUGAACAACCA